AUGUCAGUGUCGCGGCUGUUCCGGCCCGCCUCGCGGCUGCUCUCACAACGGUCUGCAGCUAUUUCCUCAAUACGACCAUCAUUCCGCACAGUCGCACCAGUUUCGCUACCUGCGAUCAGAGGAUACGCGUCGGAGUCGAACCAGACGUUCACUGUCCGAGACGCCCUUAACGAAGCACUUGCUGAGGAGCUUGAAGCCAACGAAAAGGUCUUUAUUUUGGGAGAAGAGGUUGCUCAAUACAAUGGCGCAUACAAGGUUACAAAAGGACUGUUGGACCGAUUUGGCCCCAAGAGAGUGAUUGAUACGCCCAUCACAGAGUCUGGCUUCUGUGGAUUGGCCGUCGGUGCGGCAUUGGCUGGUCUGCAACCCGUCUGCGAAUUCAUGACAAUGAACUUUGCUAUGCAAGCCAUCGACCAGAUCAUCAACUCGGCCGCGAAGACACAUUACAUGUCCGGCGGUAUCCAGCCCUGCCCCAUCGUUUUCCGAGGACCGAACGGUUUCGCCGCCGGUGUUGCUGCCCAGCAUUCGCAAGACUAUUCAGCCUGGUAUGGGAGCAUUCCCGGUCUGAAGGUGGUGGCUCCAUGGAGUGCAGAGGAUGCAAAGGGCCUCCUGAAAGCCGCAAUCAGAGAUCCCAACCCUGUUGUGGUGUUGGAGAACGAGCUCCUUUACGGCCAAGCUUUCCCCAUGAGCGCUGAGGCCCAGAAGAACGACUUCGUCCUCCCCUUCGGAAAGGCCAAGAUUGAACGACAGGGCAAAGACCUCACCAUUGUGACCCUCUCGCGAUGUGUUGGCCUGUCGCUGGAAGCUGCCGAACAGCUGAAGAAGAACUACGGUGUCGAGGCAGAGGUUAUCAAUCUGCGCUCAAUCAAGCCUUUGGACGUGGAGGCGAUUGUCAAGUCGGUCAAGAAGACGGGCCAUCUCAUGGCGGUCGAAUCUGGAUUCCCGUCCUUCGGUGUCGGUUCCGAGAUCCUCGCUCUGGGCUGCGAGUAUGCCUUUGACUACUUCCAGGCACCUCCUGUUCGUGUCACUGGUGCAGAAGUGCCGACCCCCUAUGCUCAGAAGCUGGAAGAAAUGAGCUUCCCUCAAGUCGAUACCAUCACCAACUAUGCCGCGAAGCUGUUGAGGGUCUAA